CUCAUCUCCCACGCUUUCGCCAGCCACAGACAGCGCAACAGGGCACGAUGGCUACCAAAGCUGGCGCAAAGAGGCUUGGCAAGGAAGCGCAGAUGAUGGACCGAGAUCCUCCGCCCUAUUGCUACGCCCGCCCGCGCGAAGACAACGUCCUUGAAUGGCACUUCAUACUGCGUGGACCGCCUGAUACGCCUUACUUCGGCGGCGAGUACUGGGGCCAGCUAAUUUUCCCGUCCGACUACCCUUUCAAGCCUCCCGGCAUCAAGGUAUCAACACCCUCAGGCCGGUUUCACACCGAUACCAAGAUCUGCACGUCAAUGAGUGACUUCCAUCCAGGCUCUUGGAACCCGGCUUGGAGCGUCGCGAACAUCCUUGUCGGGUUACUGUCGUUCAUGUGCGCCGAUGAGAUGACGACGGGAUCCGUCAUGGUAUCCCCCCAGGAUCGAAAGACGCUGGCAGCCCGGUCACACGCGUUUAACAUUCAGCAGCGACGAUUCAAGCAGCUCUUCCCAGAGUACAGCGGUGAAGGAAUCAAGGAUUUGCCCAACAUGGGCGAGGUAGAGAAGACGCCGUCAUCUGUGCCCAAGGGCAACGAUGACGGCAAGACCGACAACGGCAAGGCCCCAGAGUAAAUGCGAUGACAACGACGACAAAUGUCCAAAGUGAACGGACAGCACCGAUAAACAAGCAACCAGAACAGCAACAAGUGCAACAUCAAGAUCAACAUCAACAUCAACAGCAGCAGCAACCACAUCGGACA